UGGCUAAUCUAAAUGAAAUAACAAUUUAUAGAACUUGCCGCUUGUUGAAGGUACAAAAGAGUAUGAAGCAUGGUCUUCACCUAUGCUCUUAUCUUUCGCCUGUUAUUUAUUUAACGUUACUAACCCUGAUGAAGUAAUGAGGGGUGAAAAUCCACGUAUGAUCGAAUAUGGUCCCUUCAGUUACGAUGAAAUUCAAGAAAAGCAAAUAAUAGAAGUCGACGAAGAAAGGGAUGAAAUCAAAUAUACGACAAGAUCUACGUAUAUUUUCAACAAAUAUAAAAGUAUAAAUGUUUCUAAACACGAUAAAGUCACGAUAUUAAAUCCCGCGUACAUUGGUACCAUAAAAACUUUAACAUCUCUACCACCUGAUUUUAUGCACAAAUACGGUAACAGUAUUCCAAAAUUAUUUCAAAAUCAUAGUACUAUUUUUCUAAAAGCUCGAGCCACAGAUCUACUUUUCGGCGGAGUUAAAGUUACGUGCAAUAGGAAGAAAUAUCCCGAACUGAAUCUGAUAUGUAAUACUUUAGAAGCAAAUCCACCACCAGUUUUGAGAGAAGGCGAUCGGGAAGACGUUUAUUAUCUCAGUAUAUUCCAAAGGAUGAAUGGUUCUCUACGUGGACCAUUCACAGUUUCUAGAGGUCUUCAAGACAUAAGUAAAUUAGGUGAUAUAACAUCUUAUGUUGGGGAUCGUGUACAGACAUUAUGGAAUACAGAGUCUUGUAAUACAGUAAAAGGAACAGAUACUGUUACAUGGGCACCAUUAGUGGAACCAUUACCUUUUGUUUCAACUUUUAUUCCAGAAAUGUGCAGGACUAUAGAAGCUGAUUAUGAGAACGACGUUUCAAUACAUGGUAUAACCGGAUCUCAAUUUAUUAUGAAGGAAAGGGGUUUAACCGACGUGACUAAUUGUCAGAAAGUGCCUAUAAUUUUAUCAGAGCCACAUUUUUUGCAUGCUGAUCCAGAAGUUCUGAAUUAUGCUCGCGGUUUGGUCCCUAAUAAAGAUCUGCAUAAAACGUAUAUUGUCAUUGAACCAUACACUGGAACACCACUUUCUGGGCAAAAAAAAACGCAAUUGAAUUUGAAAUUGACUAGACAGCCAGUGGAGUUACUUUCUAACGUCAGUGAAGGAUAUUUUCCAAUCAUGUGGUGUGAAAAUGUAAGAUUCUCUUAG